AUGGAAAGUCUUGAGGGUAAAAAAUGCAUUGGGUGUCAGAAACCGGCGAAGCUUCGGUGUCCGACAUGCAUCAAAAUGUCGUUGCCAGACGCGUAUUUUUGUGAUCAGUCUUGCUUCAAAGCGUUCUGGCCGAUUCACAAGAUUGUGCACACCGACCCCACUGGCCCAUACAAUCCAUGGCCGUGUUAUUCAUUCACCGGUCCGCUUCGUCCAGCCCGUGUCACCGAUCGCCGCAGCGUUCCCGAGCACAUUCCACGUCCCGACUACGCUCUUCACCCGAAUGGAGUCUCCCUGGAGGAACGACAAUCGAAAAGUGAAAGAAUCAUCAAAGUGUUGACUGAUGAGGAGAAGGAGGGACUGAAAGUGGCGUGUCGAUUGGGAAGAGAGUGCCUGAAUGAGGCCGCCCGUGCUUGUGAACCAGGCGUCACCACAGAUGAGUUGGAUCGAGUAGUCCAUGAGGCUGCAAUUGAGCGAGACUGUUAUCCAAGUCCAUUGGGAUAUUACAAGUUCCCAAAGAGUUGCUGUACUUCGGUCAAUGAAGUGAUUUGUCACGGAAUUCCAGAUAUGCGAAAGUUGGAGAAUGGAGAUUUGUGUAAUGUGGAUGUGACAGUCUACCACCGCGGCUUCCACGGCGACCUCAACGAGACAUUCCUGGUCGGCGAUAAAGUUGACGAAGAAUCCCGAAAGCUGGUGCAGACCACUUUUGAGUGUCUUCAGCAAGCCAUUGCCAUCGUGAAACCUGGCGUAAAGUUCCGCGAAAUCGGAAACGUCAUUCAGAAGCACGCCAAUGCGAACGGAUUCUCGGUAGUUAAAGGAUACUGUGGACAUGGAAUUCAUCGUCUCUUCCAUACGGCACCAAAUGUUCCACAUUAUGCUAAAAACAACGCCACUGGAGUGAUGAAAGCUGGAAACUCGUUCACCAUCGAGCCAAUGAUCAACGCCGGAACCUUUCACGAUGACAAGUGGCCAGAUGACUGGACCGCCGUCACGAGGGAUGGGAGACGAUCUGCUCAAUUCGAACAAACCCUACUGGUCACCGACACCGGCUGUGAGAUUCUCACCCAACGCACCGGUAACCGUCCGUGGUUUAUGGACCAAAUCGAGGAGAAGUAUCAUUGA